GCGAGUUGCGAACUGAGCAUUAAUCUCUGACCCCGCGUCGCGCGCUGUGAUACUGUGAGUGUGACGAUAGUCGUGUUUUAAGUUGUGAGGUCCCCAUGAAGCGGCUGUCAUGCGCAUAGCGACACUGAUUGCACUCGUGCAGCUGUCGCUCGCUACAGCUGUUUCAGACGAGAAAACACUUACAGCAGCAGAGCUGAACUUCCAGUUAUCUGGUAACAAUGCCCUCUCCCCAUUCUACUCCAGCGAGAGUGAUGAGACCGGUGUGAACUUCGUCAGAGGUUCACGUGCUGCGGACACGCCCCUCUCCCCGGAUAUCGAUGUGCAAUGCUCGGCUGACUUCAUUGACGUCACUGUUGAAUUUGCUGAUGUCUUCGAUGGUAUAAUUUACAGCAAGGGACAUUUGAAUGACCCAAAAUGCAAAUAUGUUUCGAUUGGUGGAAGUCAGUCGCGUUACUCCUUCCGAGUACCAUUGAAUGGCUGCGGUUCCAGACCUCUGUGUAACGCCUGUGGUACUAUUGACAAUGUUCUUGUCUUCCAAACCGAUGACUUUGUGCAGGGCUCCAGCGACUUUGCGAGAAAGGUAUCCUGUGCAAGCACAGCGCUGGAAGUAUCGACCGGGGUCAAGAAAGAGUCCUCACAUGUCCUCAAACUGAAACCCUUCAUGGUUGAUAUGCUCGACGUGGUGGCAGUACCUGGACCUUCUGGUGGUAUUGAGUGCUGGAUGGAUAUUCAAAAAGGAGUUUUUCCUAAUACAACUCCCUUGGAAAACUCUAUCAAGAUUGGAGAGUAUCUCACCAUCCUCAUAUAUCUCAAAGACAUAAGAAACAAGUUCAGCUUAAAGGUACACGACUGCUGGGCCUAUGAUAAUGAAGACUAUGACAGUCCUCAAACAAGCAAAAUACAGCUUACUGACAAACAAGGAUGCCCCAAAAAGAAGAAGUUGAUUGAUUAUUGGCAAAAAUCAACGAAUACUGGCAAGAGUGGUGCCACUGUAAUCACUUACAGUAAAGUUAGUGCCUUCCGCUUUCCAGAGACUGACCAAGUCUAUUUAACGUGUAACGUUGAGUUGUGCACAAGUGACUGCCAGUCAAACUGUGGGGAAGUCAAUGAAAUAACAACAACAUUCAGACCAGAAUUUAAAUGUUACCCUGGUUCAAACGAUGCCAGAUGUGAAGUGACAGCACCUCCAAAAAUCAUAUGUGACCCUGAUUCUAAAGACCCACGUUGCCCCAAACCUACUACUCCUGAAGCACCAAGAUGUUACCCCGGCAGCUCUGAUCCACGUUGUCCUCAACCUACAACACCAGCCCCGCCAAGAUGCUUCCCAGGCAGCACAGACCCACGUUGCCCCAAACCUACUACUCCUGAAGCACCAAGAUGUUACCCCGGCAGCUCUGAUCCACGUUGUCCUCAACCUACAACACCAGCCCCGCCAAGAUGCUUCCCAGGCAGCACAGACCCACGUUGCCCCAAACCUACUACUCCUGAAGCACCAAGAUGUUACCCCGGUAGCUCCGAUCCACGUUGUCCCCAACCUACUACACCAGCUCCGCCAAGAUGUUACCCAGGCAGCACAGACCCACGUUGCCCCAAACCUACUACUCCUGAAGCACCAAGAUGUUACCCCGGCAGCUCUGAUCCACGUUGUCCUCAACCUACAACACCAGCCCCGCCAAGAUGUUACCCAGGCAGCACAGACCCACGUUGCCCCAAACCUACUACUCCUGAAGCACCAAGAUGUUACCCCGGCAGCUCUGAUCCACGUUGUCCUCAACCUACAACACCAGCCCCGCCAAGAUGCUUCCCAGGCAGCACAGACCCACGUUGCCCCAAACCUACUACUCCUGAAGCACCAAGAUGUUACCCCGGCAGCUCUGAUCCACGUUGUCCUCAACCUACAACACCAGCCCCGCCAAGAUGCUUCCCAGGCAGCACAGACCCACGUUGCCCCAAACCUACUACUCCUGAAGCACCAAGAUGUUACCCCGGCAGCUCUGAUCCACGUUGUCCUCAACCAACAACACCAGCCCCGCCAAGAUGCUUCCCAGGCAGCACAGACCCACGUUGCCCCAAACCUACUACUCCUGAAGCACCAAGAUGUUACCCCGGUAGCUCCGAUCCACGUUGUCCCCAACCUACUACACCAGCUCCGCCAAGAUGUUACCCAGGCAGCACAGACCCACGUUGCCCCAAACCUACUACUCCUGAAGCACCAAGAUGUUACCCCCGCAGCUCUGAUCCACGUUGUCCUCAACCUACAACACCAGCCCCGCCAAGAUGUUACCCAGGCAGCACAGACCCACGUUGCCCCAAACCUACUACUCCUGAAGCACCAAGAUGUUACCCCGGCAGCUCUGAUCCACGUUGUCCUCAACCUACAACACCAGCCCCGCCAAGAUGCUUCCCAGGCAGCACAGACCCACGUUGCCCCAAACCUACUACUCCUGAAGCACCAAGAUGUUACCCCGGCAGCUCUGAUCCACGUUGUCCUCAACCUACAACACCAGCCCCGCCAAGAUGCUUCCCAGGCAGCACAGACCCACGUUGCCCCAAACCUACUACUCCUGAAGCACCAAAAUGUUACCCUGGCAGCUCUGAUCCACGUUGUCCACAACCUACAACACCAGCCCCGCCAAGAUGCUUCCCAGGCAGCACUGACCCACGUUGUCCCAAACCUACAACACCCAAACCAAUUUGCUAUCCAGGCUCCCCAGAUCCCAGCUGUCCACGGCCUUCAAGCAUAGCAACCUUAACUCCGGCCACGUAUCUACCUCCAUCAACAACAGAAGAACUGAGAUGUCUUCCAGGCAGCUCUGAUCCACGUUGUCCUCAACCUACAACACCAGCCCCACCAAGAUGUUUCCCAGGCAGCACUGACCCACGUUGCCCAAAACCUACUACUCCUGAAGCACCAAGAUGUUACCCCGGCAGCUCUGAUCCACGUUGUCCUCAACCAACUACACCAGCUCCGCCAAGAUGCUUCCCAGGCAGCACAGACCCACGUUGCCCCAAACCUACUACUCCUGAAGCACCAAGAUGUUACCCCGGUAGUACUGAUGCACGUUGUCCCCAACCUACUACGCAACAGCCACCUAGAUGUUACCCAGACAGCACAGACACACGUUGCCCUAAACCUACGACACAAGCCCCGCCAAGAUGUUUCCCAGGCAGCACAGACCCACGUUGCCCCAAACCUACUACUCCUGAAGCACCAAGAUGUUACCCCGGUAGCACGGACCCACGUUGUCCUCAACCUACCACGCCCCAGCCUCCAAGAUGUUACCCAGGCAGCAAUGACCCACGUUGUCCCAAACCUUCAACAGCUAAACCAAUUUGCUAUCCAGGCUCCCCAGACCCUAGCUGUCCACAGCCUUCAAGCAAAGUAACCUUGACUCCAGCUACGUAUCUACCUCCAUCAACAACAGAAAAACUAAGAUGUCUUCCAGGUAGCAGUGACCCAAGUUGUCCUCAACCAACUACACCAGCUCCGCCAAGAUGCUUCCCAGGCAGCACAGACCCACGUUGCCCCAAACCUACUACUCCUGAAGCACCAAGAUGUUACCCCGGUAGCUCUGACCCACGUUGUCCUCAACCUACUACGCCUCAGCCUCCAAGAUGUUACCCAGGCAGCACAGACCCACGUUGCCCCAAACCUACUACUCCUGAAGCACCUAGAUGUUACCCCGGUAGCUCCGAUCCACGUUGUCCCCAACCUACUACGCAACAGCCUCCAAGAUGUUACCCAGGCAGCACAGACCCACGUUGCCCCAAACCUACUACACCAGCUCCGCCAAGGUGCUUCCCAGGCAGCACAGACCCACGUUGCCCCAAACCUACUACUCCUGAAGCACCAAGAUGUUACCCCGGUAGCUCUGACCCACGUUGCCCUAAACCUACGACACCAGCUCCACCAAGAUGCUUCCCAGGCAGCACAGACCCACGUUGCCCCAAACCUACAACUCCUGAAGCACCAAGAUGUUACCCCGGUAGCUCUGACCCACGUUGCCCUAAACCUACGACACCAGCUCCACCAAGAUGCUUCCCAGGCAGCACAGACCCACGUUGUCCCAAACCUACUACUCCUGAAGCACCAAGAUGUUACCCCGGUAGCUCUGACCCACGUUGUCCUCAACCUACUACACCAGCUCCGCCAAGAUGCUUCCCAGGCAGCACAGACCCACGUUGCCCCAAACCUACAACUCCUGAAGCACCAAGAUGUUACCCCGGUAGCACUGAUGCACGUUGUCCCCAACCUACUACGCAACAGCCACCUAGAUGUUACCCAGGCAGUACAGACCCACGUUGCCCUAAACCUACGACACCAGCUCCACCAAGAUGCUUCCCAGGCAGCACGGACCAACGUUGCCCCAAACCUACUACUCCUGAAGCACCAAGAUGUAACCCCGGUAGCUCGGACCCACGUUGUCCUCAACCUACUACGCCCCAGCCUCCAAGAUGUUACCCAGGCAGCACUGACCCACGUUGUCCCAAACCUACAACAGCCAAACCAAUUUGCUAUCCAGGCUCCCCAGACCCUAACUGUCCACAGCCUUCAAGCAAAGUAACCUUGACUCCAGCUACGUAUCUACCUCCUUCAACAACAGAAAAACUAAGAUGUCUUCCAGGCAGCAGUGACCCACGUUGUCCUCAACCAACAACACCAGCCCCUCCAAGAUGCUUCCCAGGCAGCACAGACCCACGUUGCCCAAAACCUACUACUCCUGAAGCACCAAGAUGUUACCCCGGUAGCUCUGACCCACGUUGUCCUCAACCUACAACACAAGCCCCGCCAAGAUGCUUCCCAGGCAGCACAGACCCACGUUGUCCCAAACCUACUACUCCUGAAGCACCAAGAUGUUACCCCGGUAGCUCUGACCCACGUUGUCCUCAACCUACAACACAAGCCCCGCCAAGAUGCUUCCCAGGCAGCACAGACCCACGUUGUCCCAAACCUACUACUCCUGAAGCACCAAGAUGUUACCCCGGCAGCUCUGAUCCACGUUGUCCUCAACCUACAACACCAGCCCCGCCAAGAUGCUUCCCAGGCAGCACAGACCCACGUUGCCCCAAACCUACUACUCCUGAAGCACCAAGAUGUUACCCCGGCAGCUCUGAUCCACGUUGUCCUCAACCUACAACACCAGCCCCGCCAAGAUGUUACCCAGGCAGCACAGACCCACGUUGCCCCAAACCUACUACUCCUGAAGCACCAAGAUGUUACCCCGGCAGCUCUGAUCCACGUUGUCCUCAACCUACAACACCAGCCCCGCCAAGAUGCUUCCCAGGCAGCACAGACCCACGUUGCCCCAAACCUACUACUCCUGAAGAACCAAGAUGUUACCCUGGCAGCUCUGAUCCACGUUGUCCACAACCUACUACGCCCCAGCCUCCAAGAUGUUACCCAGGUAGCACAGACCCACGUUGUCCCAAACCUACUACUCCUGAAGCACCAAGAUGUUACCCCGGUAGCUCUGACCCACGUUGUCCUCAACCUACAACACCAGCCCCGCCAAGAUGCUUCCCAGGCAGCACUGACCCACGUUGUCCCAAACCUACAACACCCAAACCAAUUUGCUAUCCAGGCUCCCCAGAUCCCAGCUGUCCACAGCCUUCAAGCAAAGUAACCUUGACUCCAGCUACGUAUCUACCUCCAUCAACAACAGAAAAACUGCGCUGUCUCCCCGGCAGCUCUGACCCACGUUGUCCUCAACCUACUACGCCUCAGCCUCCAAAAUGUUACCCAGGCAGCACAGACCCACGUUGUCCCAAACCUACUACUCCUGAAGCACCAAGAUGUUACCCCGGUAGCUCUGACCCACGUUGUCCUCAACCUACUACGCCUCAGCCUCCAAGAUGUUACCCAGGCAGCACAGACCCACGUUGUCCCAAACCUACUACUCCUGAAGCACCAAGAUGUUACCCCGGUAGCUCUGACCCACGUUGUCCUCAACCUACUACGCCUCAGCCUCCAAAAUGUUACCCAGGCAGCACAGACCCACGUUGUCCCAAACCUACUACUCCUGAAGCACCAAGAUGUUACCCCGGUAGCUCUGACCCACGUUGUCCUCAACCUACUACGCCUCAGCCUCCAAGAUGUUACCCAGGCAGCACAGACCCACGUUGUCCCAAACCUACUACUCCUGAAGCACCAAGAUGUUACCCCGGUAGCUCUGACCCACGUUGUCCUCAACCUACUACGCCUCAGCCUCCAAGAUGUUACCCAGGCAGCACAGACCCACGUUGUCCCAAACCUACUACUCCUGAAGCACCAAGAUGUUACCCCGGUAGCUCUGACCCACGUUGUCCUCAACCUACUACGCCUCAGCCUCCAAGAUGUUACCCAGGCAGCACAGACCCACGUUGUCCCAAACCUACUACUCCUGAAGCACCAAGAUGUUACCCCGGUAGCUCUGACCCACGUUGUCCUCAACCUACUACGCCUCAGCCUCCAAGAUGUUACCCAGGCAGCACAGACCCACGUUGUCCCAAACCUACUACUCCUGAAGCACCAAGAUGUUACCCCGGUAGCUCGGACCCACGUUGUCCUCAACCUACUACGCCCCAGCCUCCAAGAUGUUACCCAGGCAGCACUGACCCACGUUGUCCCAAACCUACAACAGCCAAACCAAUUUGCUAUCCAGGCUCCCCAGACCCUAGCUGUCCACAGCCUUCAAGCAAAGUAACCUUGACUCCAGCUACGUAUCUACCUCCUUCAACAACAGAAAAACUAAGAUGUCUUCCAGGCAGCAGUGACCCACGUUGUCCUCAACCAACAACACCAGCCCCGCCAAGAUGCUUCCCAGGCAGCACAGACCCACGUUGCCCAAAACCUACUACUCCUGAAGCACCAAGAUGUUACCCCGGUAGCUCUGACCCACGUUGUCCUCAACCUACAACACAAGCCCCGCCAAGAUGCUUCCCAGGCAGCACAGACCCACGUUGUCCCAAACCUACUACUCCUGAAGCACCAAGAUGUUACCCCGGUAGCUCUGACCCACGUUGUCCUCAACCUACAACACAAGCCCCGCCAAGAUGCUUCCCAGGCAGCACAGACCCACGUUGUCCCAAACCUACUACUUCUGAAGCACCAAGAUGUUACCCCGGCAGCUCUGAUCCACGUUGUCCUCAACCUACAACACCAGCCCCGCCAAGAUGCUUCCCAGGCAGCACAGACCCACGUUGUCCCAAACCUACUACUCCUGAAGCACCAAGAUGUUACCCCGGUAGCUCUGACCCACGUUGUCCUCAACCUACAACACAAGCCCCGCCAAGAUGCUUCCCAGGCAGCACAGACCCACGUUGUCCCAAACCUACUACUCCUGAAGCACCAAGAUGUUACCCCGGCAGCGCUGACCCACGUUGUCCUCAACCUACAACACAAGCCCCGCCAAGAUGUUUCCCAGGCAGCACAGACCCACGUUGCCCCAAACCUACUACUCCUGAAGCACCAAGAUGUUACCCCGGUAGCUCUGACCCACGUUGUCCUCAACCUACUACGCCUCAGCCUCCAAGAUGUUACCCAGGCAGCACAGACCCACGUUGUCCCAAACCUACUACUCCUGAAGCACCAAGAUGUUACCCCGGUAGCUCUGACCCACGUUGUCCUCAACCUACUACGCCUCAGCCUCCAAGAUGUUACCCAGGCAGUACAGACCCACGUUGCCCCAAACCUACUACUCCUGAAGCACCAAGAUGUUACCCCGGUAGUUCUGACCCACGUUGUCCUCAACCUACUACGCCCCAGCCUCCAAGAUGUUACCCAGGUAGCACAGACCCACGUUGUCCCAAACCUACUACUCCUGAAGCACCAAGAUGUUACCCCGGUAGCUCUGACCCACGUUGUCCUCAACCUACAACACCAGCCCCGCCAAGAUGCUUCCCAGGCAGCACUGACCCACGUUGUCCCAAACCUACAACACCCAAACCAAUUUGCUAUCCAGGCUCCCCAGAUCCCAGCUGUCCACAGCCUUCAAGCAAAGUAACCUUGACUCCAGCUACGUAUCUACCUCCAUCAACAACAGAAAAACUGCGCUGUCUCCCAGGCAGCACUGACCCACGUUGUCCCAAACCUACUACUCCUGAAGCACCAAGAUGUUACCCCGGCAGCUCUGACCCACGUUGUCCUCAACCUACUACGCCUCAGCCUCCAAAAUGUUACCCAGGCAGCACAGACCCACGUUGUCCCAAACCUACUACUCCUGAAGCACCAAGAUGUUACCCCGGUAGCUCUGACCCACGUUGUCCUCAACCUACUACGCCUCAGCCUCCAAGAUGUUACCCAGGCAGCACAGACCCACGUUGUCCCAAACCUACUACUCCUGAAGCACCAAGAUGUUACCCCGGUAGCUCUGACCCACGUUGUCCUCAACCUACUACGCCUCAGCCUCCAAGAUGUUACCCAGGCAGUACAGACCCACGUUGCCCCAAACCUACUACUCCUGAAGCACCAAGAUGUUACCCUGGUAGUUCUGAUGCACGUUGUCCCCAACCUACUACGCCACAGCCUCCGAGAUGUUUCCCAGGCAGUACAGACCCACGUUGUCCUAAACCUACUACCCCACAGCCUCUUAAGUGUCUGCCAGGCAGCACAGACCCAUUAUGUCCAUCAACCCCAUCUCCCACACCGACGCCAAGUUCUUGCUACCCUGGAUCAAAGGAUCCUAACUGUCCUCAACCAUUUGCCCCAAGUAGUACAAACCCACCUCAAGAGUAUCUUCCUCCAGUUGGUAAUGAAAUAAAUUCAUCUAUCAAGGAAAAACAGGCUCGCAAAAGCAUAGAAGACUAUGAUGAUCCAUUAAUUGAUGCCGGAUCCUUUGAGUUUUCGCGCACACAACCUAAAAAAAGAGUUGCAAGAGACUUAAGCAAAGAUGCGAGUAACAUAUUAGAUUCUUAUCCAAUCGGAUACAUUUACGGGGCAUUCGUCGGCGUCACAGUUUUUACUGUUUUCUCUGUAGCUCUAUCAGUUAUGUAUAAACGAUCACGAAUCCAAAAACAAGCAAAUGUACAAAAUCUUUGUUAAUAAGUAACUUAUUUAGAACUUUCCAUCGUUACAAUAUUGUAAGGAUUGAAAAUCCAGACUCAUACUUAAUUGAUUAUUGUGAUAUUUGAUUGUUCUGCUUAAUUUUACGUAUAUUUUUAAGAAUAGCAUAUUUGUGAUAAUUCCCGAAAAAUCACUGCCUUAGAUUUAUUGAGUGACUAAUUUAUAACCAGUUUAAUUUUAUAGUGCCAUAAUAGUAACUGCACAGAUACAUAAAUUGUGCCAAACUAUAGACGCAAAUUAGGCCAAAAUGAUAUGUUAGUGACGGACUGUCUCGUGUUAAUUAUAUUUCGAGAGGUUUCGAUUCAACUUUAUUCAACUACAUUCAUCGAGGCAAAGUAUCAUAAAAUACCUGUACACUUCGCUGAAGUUCGCGAAUAGUGGUACUGAUAUGUUUGGCACAUUUCGAAAAUUCCUGAUGAUGACAACCAGUGUAAGGUUUUGUAGUCACUAGUCAAUUUAUCCUGCAAAUACUAUUUUUUUACUUUUUAUAAAAUAUAUAUGUAAACACUUUAUGUUGUAAAUACACUGCCAAUUCUUGUAGCAAUACCCUAAAGUUUUUUAUCAAAUAUUAUUGUCUACAGUGUGUACUCUUUGUUAAUUUUAUAGUAUCAUGCUAAUUUGGUCUGUUCUCAUAAAAGCAUAUAUUUAGAUUUGACAAAAUAAUAUCUUUGGAGAGUCAAACUCUAAUAUAUGCUUUUGUGUACAAGGACUUUUAAAUUGUUACCGUAUUUCUAAAAUGUCCACUCUGCCUUCAUGUACGCAAUGAAGAGUAUUGUUUAUAUUAUGUAACAUAUAUUAUGUAAUAAGAUCGCUUAUUAAAUGAAUACAAGUGUGUCAACAUUCCAUGAAUGUA